AUGUUUGAGAAGAAGCUGGAGAAGAAGUACAGGAAGUUCAACAGCAAGUGUUGGAAGGAUCCUGCCGAUGCUUUGGCUGAGACCAUUGAAGGUGGUUUGAAGGCCGCUAACAAGAAGGAAGAAAAGGAGAGGCGCAUGAGGAGGAAAGACCUAGAGAACAUGUCUUUCACCUCUAGCAGUGACUCUUCAUAUAGUGUGGAGCCCAAGUCGGACACAGCCAAGAGUGGUGCCGGUGGCAGGCAUAAAUCGAAGUCUCCAAAACAAAUGUAUAGCAGUGAUGACAUCUCCUAUAAGUCGCCAUCUCCCGGUCAGGCUAAGCCUAAGAGGCGCAAAAGCACACGUACAUCUCUCAGUGAUGAUAGUGACAGUGAUAGCGACAGCGAUGAUGGCGAUUCCAGUUCAGAUAGUGAUGACGAUGAUGACGGUGUUCCUGCUGUGAUGGCAGAUGACGAAGGGGAUGUAAUCUCCCGUGUCUCUUCUACCGCAUCGCAAUGGAAAAAGAAAACCUCUUUGUUCUCCAAGAGAAUGAAGGAUCAUAGGAGAAGAAUUUUGGCCAAAUUCAUCUCUACACAUAUCUUGCUAGCUAUCUUUGUUAUAGGUGCAUUAUCAUUAUAUUGGGGUGCUAUUUACAAUUAUAGUGGAAACCUAUAUAGGGUUCACUCGAUAGCUGUGAUUCAAGAUGAGCCAUAUACUGCCCCCGACGGGACUGUCAUACCCGCUCUUACCCGUAACGUAACCAACAUUAUAAACUCGAUACCGGGUAACUGGCGGAUCAUGAAUAGUACAGAAUUCAAGGUGAUAUACAAUGUGACUAACGCCCAGGAAAUUGAUGAGAAGGUUGCAGAAUUGAUAUUUGAUGAAAAGUUUUGGUUGGCGGUGAAUGUUCGUGAAGGCGCAACAGAAGCAUUUUACAAGUCCGUGACAGAAGAAGGUGCACCAGUUUUCAAUUCUACAAAUUACUUCCAAUCGAUAUACGAGAGUGGUAGAGAUCCAACAAAUUUGAAGUCUUCUAUAUAUCCUAUUUUGGCAAAAUUUGAGUCGGUGUUCCGAUCACAAUAUUUGAAGAUUUAUGUUCCUGAAUUCAUUAAGAACAUUACAUCCCCAGAUUUCAAUGAAACUGUUAACACUGCCAACUUGUAUGGUCUAGGAAAUUUUGCUACUAACUCUUAUGAUUUACGUCCAUUCACCGAUCGUGUUUUGCUGGGUCCACUAAGUAUGGGUCUGAACUAUAACAUCAUGUUUUCGGUUUUUUCUAUUUCUAUCUUUGGUCCAGUUAAUAAGGAAAUGGCAAAGUAUCUAAAGCCUAGAUCUUUGUUCUUUUAUCGUAUUCUAAUUUCAUGGAGUAUGUUUUUCUUCCUAUCUCUGUUCACAUGUACCGUUUCUGCUAUUUUCCAAAUUGACUUUACACCUGGUUUUGGUAAGGCCGGUUUCGUUAUUUACUGGAUGACCUCUUGGCUUGUCAUGACGGCUGUCGGUAUGGCUAAUGAGAAUAUUUUGUCUAUCAUUUUAACAUUCUGCCCGCAGUAUAUGUCAUAUUGGAUGAUUAUUUGGACUAUUUUGAACAUUGCACCAUCGCUGUACCCAUUGGUGCUUAUCAGCCGCUUUUAUAGAUUUGGUUAUGCGAUGCCAAUUCACAAUGGUGUUCAAAUUUACAGAGUUAUAUUUUUAGAUAUUUCAAGGCAUCAAAUGAGUAGAAAUUAUGGUAUUUUAGCCGCUUGGGUGGCUGUCAAUACUGCGAUCAACCCGUUCGUUAACAAGUUUAUUUCUAAGGUCGUUAAGAAGAGAGAAGAGAGAAAGGAACUUAAGAGAAAGAUUCAAGAGGAAAGGGAGCAGGAAAGACGUCGUUAUGAGCAUAGGCAAAGACAUGCCUCCAGUAAGCAUCAUGAACAUGACAGUUAA